CGCCGUCGUCCCCUCCCCGUCCGCCGGGUGCAGCCGGAGGUUGACAGGUCGAGGCGGGGAGGCGGCGGCGGCGGCACAGCCGGGCGCCCGAGACGGAGACUCCAUGGGGAACGCUCCGAGUCACAGCAGUGAAGACGAAGCGGCUGCCGCCGGGGGCGAGGGCUGGGGUCCGCACCAGGACUGGGCCGCGGACUCGGGCACGAUCUCCGGCUCGGGCCCCCCGGCACCGGCGCUGCCGCCCGCCGCGGCGCUGCUGGAGCCCGCCCGACUGCGAGAGGCGGCGGCGGCGUUGCGGCCCGCGCCGCCCUGCGAGUCUCUGGUGUCUAGACACCACGGCGCGCUGUUGCGCUGGCUGGAAGAGCGGCUGGGCCGCGGCGAAGAGUCAGUCACCCUGGAGCAGUUCCGGGAGCUGCUGGAGGCUCGUGGCGCCGGCUGCUCGGGCGAGCAGUUCGAGGAGGCCUUUGCCCAGUUUGAUGCAGAGGGCGAUGGUACCGUCGAUGCUGAGAACAUGUUGGAGGCCCUCAAGAAUUCCAGUGGAGCUAAUCUCCAGGGGGAAUUAAGCCACAUCAUCAGACAACUGCAGGCCUGUUCUCUUGUCCCAGGUUUCAUAGACAUCUUUUCAGAGUCCAAGGAGGGCCUGGGUGUGCACGCAUCCCUGAUCCUGCGCUUCCUGCACCGCAACCGGCUCUCCGGCACGGCUGUCCCCUGCCCCAUGCUGGACCACUGUGGGAAUGUGUGCUCCAUGAGGGCUUCCGUUCUGAAGGAGUCCUUGGAUCAGCUGCUCCAGAGAGAAAAGGAAAGUCCUGGAGAUCUAACCAGAAGCCCGGAGAUGGACAAACUUAAGUCAGUAGCAAAGUGCUAUGCUUACAUAGAAACAUCCUCCAACCCGGCAGACAUCGACAAGAUGACAAAUGGAGAAACGUCCUCCUACUGGCAGUCAGAUGGCAGUGCCCGCUCACACUGGAUUCGCUUAAAAAUGAAGCCAGACGUUGUGCUUCGGCACUUGUCCAUCGCGGUGGCUGCCACUGACCAGAGCUACAUGCCGCAGCAGGUGACAGUAGCUGUGGGGAGAAGUGCCAGCGAUCUUCAGGACGUCCGCGAUGUGCACAUUCCCAGCAAUGUCACUGGCUAUGUGACACUGCUGGAAAAUGCCAACAUCAGUCAGCUCUAUGUCCAGAUUAACAUAAAACGUUGUCUUAGCGAUGGAUGUGACACUAGGAUUCAUGGUCUGAGGGCUGUUGGCUUUCAGAGAGUUAAGAAGUCUGGGGUCUCGGUGUCAGAUGCUUCUGCAAUCUGGUACUGGUCUCUGCUAACCUCUCUGGUGACGGCGUCCAUGGAGACAAACCCUGCCUUUGUCCAGACAGUGCUGCACAACACGCAGAAGGCACUGCAGCACAUGCCUCCGCUUUCCCUCUCACCGGGAUCUACGGAUUUCUCGACUUUCCUGUCUCCCAACGUUCUAGAAGAAGUGGACAGCUUCCUCAUAAGGAUAACUAGCUGCUGUUCGACUCCAGAGGUGGAGCUGACUCUUCUGGCCUUUGCACUGGCAAGAGGAAGUGUGGCCAAAGUGCUGGGCUCUCUGUGUACCAUCACUGACCACCUGGACACACAGUACGACGCCUCGUCCCUCAUCUCCUCCAUGGCGUCUGUCAGGCAAAACCUGCUCCUUAAAUACGGUAAACCUCUUCAGUUGACCCUUCAGGCCUGUGAUGUCAAAGGGAAAGAGGAGAAGUCAGGGCCUGAAAACCUGCUCAUGGAGCCGUGGACGAGAGACGGGUUUCUUACAGAGACUGGAAAGACCAGAGCAAGUACCAUUUUUUCUACAGGAACUGAAUCUGCAUUCCAGGUUACACAGAUCAGAAUUAUGGUUCGACGUGGUGGCAUUGGUGCCCAGUGUGGGUUGGUGUUUGCCUAUAACUCAUCUUCUGAUAAAUUCCACGCAGAAGAACACUUCAAAAGGUUUGAAAAAUAUGACAAAUGGAAGCUUCAGGAAUUCAGGCAAUUUGUAAAAAGCAGGGUCGGUUGCUCAUCUGAUGACCUUGGAGAGGAUGACCCCAUUGGCUGGUUUGAGCUGGAAGAAGAAUGGGAUGAAGCGGAUGUGAAGUUGCAGCCCUGCAGGGUUGCCCAAUAUUUGAUGGUGAAGUUCCUCUGCACCCGUCAGGAGUCGGCAGAGCGCUUGGGCGUGCAAGGCCUUAGCAUCAGCGGGUACCUCCGGCCUGUGCGAGCCGAAGCGGAACAGCACGUCGUCUGUGCCCACUGCAGGAAGGACGGGGAGGAGAGCGUCUGUGGGGCCACCCUGCUCCUCAGGACACUUCAGUUCAUUCAGCAGCUCGCCCAUGACCUGGUGCAGCAGAAGGAAAGUGGCUUAAGAUAUAAAUCUUUUCUGGACUUCGCGGGUCUUGAUUUGCAGAUCUUCUGGAAUUUUUACAGUAAAUUAAAGCAAAACCCGAGGGAGGAGUGCCUCUGCGCCCAGACCCUGCUUCUGCGGCUCCUGCAGAGCUGCUUCUCAGUGCUGCAGAGAGACGGGCCAGCCGCUUCAGGGGGGGCACAGGCUCCCCGGCAGAGCCCGGGAGGGGCAGGGGCCGCCAAGGAGCUCCACACACACUUAUGCGACGUGGUGGACAGGGUGGACGGAGACUCUGCGCCCAUGGAAACAUUAAAACAAGAAGUCAGGAAUACGCUUCUCAAUGGGGCUGCUGUCUUCUUUCCCGACCGACAGACCCGGCGGAGCCAUCUCUUCGCCAUGAUGAAGAAUGUCACUGAGCAGGAGCACAAGCAGUCCCUGCAACUCACUUUCCGUUCACUGUGCACGUAUUUUAGUGAUAAGGAUCCAGGUGGCCUUCUGCUCUUGCCUGAGAAAGGUGACCUGGCCGACACGAACAGCAGUGAAGUGCUGGCGGUCAUGAGCACCCUCCUGUCCGUCGCUGCUCGAGAGUGUGGACUGCUGGUGCUCACGGGGGCCCACGGGGAGGCUGGCUCUGUGCUGUUCUCCCUGUUCUGGGCUGUCCAAGGCAGCCUGCUCUCCUGGUGCUACCUACAGCUGAAGAGCACGGACUCUGCAGUCAGAGGUGGUGCCGCUGACCUGAUUGACCAGUAUGUGGGACAGUUUCUGGCAAGCAUGAGAGCGAUUUUGGAAUCCCUUUUGUCACAGUAUAGUGGAAAAACCAUUGUAGAAAAAUUAUGUAAUUCAGUGUUUUCAAUGGCAGCCCGUCAACUGGUCAUCUUUCUGCUGGACUUCUGCACUUUAGACAUUUCUCAUUGCACGCUCCUGAGAGAGUUCAGUACGCUAACAGAGCUGUUGAGGCAGCUCUGUGCUGACCCGGAAGGAGUGCUGAAUAAGCUCGAUGCAGAGACUUGGCAGCAGGAAUGUCCCGUGGUGUUACAUACCUGGACAAAAGAGUCUGCCCACAACUAUGAAAACAAUUGCCACGAGGUGUCUGUCUUCGUGAGCCCAGGGGCAACCUACUUUGAGGUGGAAUUUGACGAGCGGUGUGAGACUGAGAAAAGGUAUGAUUAUCUGGAAUUUACCGACGCUAGAGGUGGAAAAACACGCUAUGACACCAAAGUUGGCACCGACAAGUGGCCUAAGAAAGUGACCUUUAAGGCCGGCCCUCGGCUGCAGUUCCUCUUUCACUCUGACAGCAGUAACAACGAGUGGGGCUACAGGUUCACCGUCACCGCCUAUGGCCUGCCCGACGUGGCCGUGUCCUGGGCGCUGGACUUACAACUGCUCGUUUCCCGGCUGAUGGGACGCCUCGCUGCCCAGUGCAUGGCGCUCAAGUCUGCGCACCAGUUUGGAAGUGACAUGGCAGUGCCUCCUGCAAAAAUGGCGUCGGUCCUGAACUCCCCGCUGUGGAAACCUGUCUUCAGGCAUCAGCUGAGUCCAGAGUUGGGAUUAGCAGCGAGCUGGCCCACUCCCCCACACCAGGAUAGUAAGGAGGUCAAGAACAUCCCCGACGACCCCUGCCACCACUUUCUUCUUGAGUUUGCACAGUCAGACCCUGCCCAGAACUUCUGUGGGCCAUUUUCAGAACUUUUCAAAGGAUUCAUACAGGCAUGUAGAAAACAGGCCCCAAAGACAGAUAUAGUUGCUGGUUCCGCUAUUGAUCAAGCUGUGAACGCCACCUUUGCCGCUCUGGUGUGUCGCACUCCAGGCUUGUAUGAGAAGCUGCAGAAAUAUGUAAAAAGUGGGGGCAACACAGCCCUGAGCGAGGAGUUUGCACAGGUGUAUUGCUUGGCAGAUGGGAUUCGAAUAUGGAUGUUGGAGAUGAAGCAGAAGUCCCUGAUAAACCUGGGGAAUGAGGCAGAAGAAAAACAUGGGUCAGAAGCGGCUGAGGUGAACCCCGAGAGCCUGGCAAAAGAGUGUAUUCAGAAGAGCCUCCUAUUACUAAGAUUUUUGCCUGUGGGAGUGAGUUCAAAAGAAAGCUGUGACAGGUUGGUGGCUGCAGAUGAAACGGAUCACCUCCAGCCACGGGACAAGCGCCCGAGGACGAGCUCUGUGGUGGAGGAGCAUUUCCAGGCCUCCAUGUCUCCUGUGGAAGCGGGCACCCUUGCUGCGGGCGUUGGGGGUCCUGGCUUGGAUGUGCAGCCGAAGCUGCCGCCCAGCAGCGGGCACCCUGCCGCUGAGGUGUCCUCUGCCGCCGCCGAAGAGCCCUCGUCACCUUCUACCCCCGCCCGGCGGCCUCCCUUCACCCGAGGCCGACUCCGGUUGCUCUCCUUCCGGUCCGUGGAGGAGGCGAGGCCAGCGCCCACAGUGAAGGAGAAGUACCCCAUGCUGAAGGAUGUCCUGGACUUCAUCAAGGACCAGUCCCUCUCCCACGAGAGUGUCGUAAAGGUUCUUGCCUUGAGGAGAGCCCAGGCACAGAGUAUCCUCGAAGUCCUGAGGAUCGUUCAGUAUUGCUCAGAGUCCCUCGGACAGCCUCACUGCUUCCAUCCACCAUACAUACUUUUCCUGUUGGAGCUUCUCACCUGCCAGAAAGAGUUUACCAAUUAUUUCGCGCACUUGGAGGGCUGUGGUGCACAUCUGCACAGAGAGAUUCGAGACACUUACUACCAGUUCGUUCUGUUUUUGGUCAAAGCAGUUAAAGGAUUUAGCAGCAUCAAUGACAGGUCCUUGCUGCCUGCCUUGUCCUGUGUGCAGACAGCCCUGCUCCAUCUUCUGGAUAUGGGCUGGGAACCCGCCGAUCUCACCUUCUUUGUGGACAUUCAGUUACCACAUCUCCUCAUGAAGAUGUCACAAGAAAAUAUAAGUGUGCACGACAGUGUGAUCAGCCAGUGGAGUGAAGAAGACGAGCUUGCUGAUGCCAAGCAGAAUUCAGAAUGGAUGGAUGAGUGUCAGGAUGGCAUGUUUGAGGCCUGGUAUGAGAAAAUAGCCCAGGAAGAUCCAGAGAAGCAGAGGAAAAUGCACAUGUUUAUUGCUCGCUACUGUGACCUGUUAAAUGUGGACAUCUCUUGUGAUGGGUGUGACGAGAUUGCGCCCUGGCACCGCUACCGAUGUCUGCAGUGCAGCGACAUGGAUCUCUGCAAGACUUGCUUCCUAGGUGGGGUGAAGCCCGAGGGCCAUGGAGAUGACCACGAGAUGGUCAGCAUGGAGUUCACCUGUGACCACUGCCAGGGUUUGAUCAUCGGCCGGAGGAUGAAUUGCAAUGUGUGUGAUGACUUUGAUCUCUGCUAUGGGUGCUAUGCGGCAAAGAAAUACUCCUAUGGCCACUUGCCCACCCACAGUGUCACAGCCCAUCCGAUGGUGACCAUCCGGAUCAGCGACCGGCAGAGGCUCAUCCAGCCUUACAUCCACAACUACGCCUGGCUGCUCUUUGCGGCCUUGGCUCUCUAUAGCGCCCACCUGGCCAGCGCGGAGGAAGUGGAAGGGGAGAAACUGGGUCCCCAGGACCGGGGCAGUGCCAGCGCCCUUCGGAGCCAGUGCAUGCAGCUUGUCGGGGACUGUCUGAUGAAGGCUCACCAGGGAAAAGGUCUGAAAGCUCUAGCUCUUCUUGGUAUACUGCCAGAUGGUGAAUCUGGUCCAGACAGUCGGGCCCCAUCGGUCACCGUGCCCGCCCACACACCAGAGGAGGAGAGAGCCGUCCGGGGUGCUGAGGACCCGUCCCACACAGGCCCUUCUGUGCCCUGCAGGGGCAAGAGAGAUGGUACUAAGGAAGUCGGACCUUUAGAUAGCAAGCAGAGAAGUAAGGCAGAUGAAGAAGGUGCGUCAGCUCUGAAGGGUCCUUCAUGCCAGACUCAAAUUUCAGACUCACCUGCAGAUGGUAGCACACUUGUCGGGCAUCCAGAUGCUGAAAAUAUAGUCGUGUUGUCUCAGAAGCCCAUUGAGGAAAAACGGGUUACUCCCAGCCCUGAGCAGGUGUUUGCUGAGUGUUCCCAGAAGAGGAUUUUGGGAUUACUAGCAGCCAUGUUACCUCCCUUAAAGUUGGACCCCACAGUGCCCGUGAUGCACCUGGAGCACGUCCUCCCACUCAUGUUUCAGGUUGUCAUCUCCAACGCAGGCCACCUGAACGAGACCUACCACCUCACGCUGGGUCUUCUUGGCCAGUUAAUCACCCGCCUUUUACCAGCAGAGGUGGAUGCUGCGGUGGUGAAGGUCCUCUCCGCCAAGCACACCUUGUUUGCAUCAGGGGACAGUUCCAUUGUGCCCGAUGGCUGGAAGACCACACACCUGCUCUUCAGCCUGGGAGCUGUGUGUCUGGACAGCCGGGUGGGCUUGGACUGGGCGUGCUCCAUGGCGGAGAUCCUGCGGUCACUCAGCGGUGCCCCACUGUGGCGUGAUGUCAUCGCCACCUUCACAGACCACUGUGUCAAGCAGCUGCCUUUCCAGCUGAAGCACACCAACAUCUUCACCCUGCUGGUGCUGGUCGGCUUCCCACAGGUCCUCUGCGUGGGGACCCGCUGUGUGUAUAUGGAUAACGCCAACGAGCCACAUAACGUAAUCAUCCUGAAGCACUUUACGGAGAAGAACAGGGCUGUGAUCGUCGAUGUCAAAACCCGGAAAAGGAAAACAGUGAAGGACUACCAGCUGGUCCAGAAGGGACAGGAGUGCAGCAGCUCUCAGGCCCAGCUGAGCCAGUACUCCCAGCACUUUGCCUUUAUCGCCAGUCACCUUCUGCAAGCCAGCGUGGAGAGCCACUGUCCCGAGGCGGUGGAAGCAACCUGGGUCCUGUCCCUGGCCCUCAAAGGACUAUAUAAGACACUAAAGGCUCACGGUUUUGAAGAGACUCAUGCGACCUUCCUUCAGACUGAUUUGCUGAAGCUGCUGGUGAAAAAGUGCAGCAAAGGGACCGGUUUUAGUAAAACGUGGCUCCUCCGGGACCUGGAGAUUCUGUCCAUCAUGCUGUACUCCUCAAAGAAGGAGAUCCACACCGUGGCCGAGCACACAGCCCUGGAGCAAGGCGAGCGAGGGGACCAAGAGGAGGAGACCGGAGGCACGGUCAGCAGCCCUGCUGAGCCGGAGCAGAAGAAGCCGGACCCCCUGGAAAGCCUGGAUGAGCCCACCAGGAUAUGCUUCUUGAUGGCGCACGAUGCGCUCAAUGCCCCUCUGCACAUCCUCCGGGCCAUAUACGAGUUGCAGAUGAAAAGGACCGAUUCUUUCUUCCUGGAGGUUCAGAAGAGGUUUGAUGGGGAUGAGCUCACCACAGAUGAAAGGAUUCGGACCCUGGCUCAGAGGUGGCAGCCCAGUAGGAGUCUGAGACUAGAGGAGCAGAGUGCCAAAGCCGUGGAUACAGACAUGAUUAUCUUACCGUGUUUGUCCCGGCCUGCACGCUGUGACCAGGCCACGGCUGAAUCGAACCCCGUGACCCAGAAGCUCAUCGCCAGCACAGAGAGUGAACUGCAGCAGAGCUACGCCAAGCAGCGGCGUAGCAAGAGCGCCGCCCUCCUGCACAAGGAGCUGAACUGCCAGAGCAAGAGGGCUGUCCGAGAGUACCUGUUCCGCGUGAACGAGGCCACAGCCGUCCUAUACGCCCGCCAUGUGCUGGCCUCCUUGCUCGCCGAGUGGCCUGGCCAUGUGCCAGUGAGCGAGGACACCCUGGAGCUCAGUGGCCCGGCCCACAUGACCUACAUUUUGGACAUGUUCAUGCAGCUGGAAGAAAAGCACCAGUGGGAGAAGAUCCUGCGGAAGGUGCUCCAGGGCUGCCGAGGGAGCAUGCUGGGGACCAUGGCCCUGGCUGCCUGCCAGUUCAUGGAGGAGCCCGGGAUGGAGGUGCAAGUCAGGGAGUCGAAACACCCAUAUAACAAUAACACUAACUUUGAGGAUAAAGUCCACAUCCCGGGUGCAAUCUAUCUCUCCAUCAAAUUCGACUCGCAGUGCAGUACAGAGGAAGGCUGUGAUGAGCUGGCCAUGUCCAGCAGUGGCGACUUCCAGCAGGAUCGACACACUUUCAGUGGGUCCCAGCAGAAAUGGAAGGAUUUUGAGCUCCCAGGAGAUACUCUGUACUACCGCUUCACCUCUGACAUGAGCAACACGGAGUGGGGUUACAAAUUCACUGUGACGGCAGGACACCUGGGGCGAUUCCAGACAGGGUUCGAGAUUUUGAAGCAGAUGUUGUCAGAAGAGAGAGUUGUGCCACACCUCCCGUUGGCCAAAAUUUGGGAGUGGCUGGUGGGUGUGGCUUGUCGCCAGACUGGCCACCAGCGAUUAAAAGCCAUCCACCUGCUUCUGAGGAUCGUCCGAUGCUGCACCCACAGUGACCUCUGUGACCUUGCGCUGCUGAAGCCGCUGUGGCAGCUCUUCACCCACAUGGAGUACAGCCUGUUUGAGGACGUGACGCAGCCUGGCAUCCUCCUCCCCCUGCACCGCGCCCUCACCGAGCUCUUCUUCGUCACUGAGAACCGCGCCCAGGAGCUCGGCCUGCUGCAGGAUUACCUGCUGGCCUUAACCACUGACGACCACCUUCUCCGCUGCGUGGCGCAGGCUCUGCAGAACAUUGCUGCUAUCAGCCUGGCCAUCAACUACCCAAACAAGGCAACCCGCCUCUGGAAUGUCGAGUGUUAGCCCCUGCUAUGGCGUGCAUGGAACUGGCCCAUCUGUCCACAAGGACUUUAGAGCAGACAUCUAAACUCAUUCAGGAAAAUGCCCGUGGUGUCCGUGCCGGCUUCUCUUGAGCUCCCGCUUCCACUCCAAGUGGAAUGCCAAACAGCCAUGCCUCCAAGAACUUGCUUCGUCCCAAGCUAGCACCUGCACGCACUGCAGCAUGUGAGAAAGAGCAGAGCACUGCAGAGCUAUUCAGGAGGGCAGGUUGUUCACAGGGUCUGACCCUGUGGAAGCCACAGCCCAGGAAGAGCUGAAAGGAGCUUCUCUGGAAAGGGUUCUGUCUCCGUGGAGCGGAGCUGCCUGCGCUAACCCUUCACGUGAAGAUAGAGUCAGCCCAGAGCUGCCCUCUCAGCAGGACCUGCAGCAGCAGCGGCCUGGCCUGGGAGCCCUUCCUUUGCUCUUGCUUCUUGAGACUGGGCAGUCCACAUCAAAGCUGGUGAGAGCUCGUCCUGGCCACCUGCUGGCCCCCAGGAAUGCACAUGGCCGUCCCACAGAAGUCCUCGGUGAGAACAAGUGCCCUUGGUCACAGCCAGUGGGCCGUCCGUGUGCAUUGCUCCUGCUCUGACUCCCAGCACAUCUGCGUUUAGUUGUUUUCACAUAUUUCAGUUUCUACCUGACGUUUUUAGAACAGAACCACAUGACUCCCCCGCGAGGCCUCAAGGGGUGCCCAGUGGAACGGUCAUUCGGGGGAGACGCUGUUCGCGUGAAAGCUUCUGUACUUGAAGACUUGAAAUGUUAUCAGACGAGAUCUUAUUUUAGAAGUAAAAAAAAAAAAAAAAAAAAAAAAAAAAAACAAACACCAAAAAACAAAGAAUAUAUGAUGAUUUUAUUUCUUCUCCGUGGUCACGGUAACCCGUCGCAUCCACCUCUGGGACUCUGCGUGCUUGCUUGGCUGUCAUUGGUCUGGCAAGAAUGCUGUUUUCCAUUCUUUUUAUGGUCGCAGUCUUGCCCUGGCGUGCUGAUGAUGAUUCUCUUUCCAAAGCCAUGCUUUGGAGUGUGAGGCUGGGUUGGCACGUGGGACUCGUCGGCGUGAAGAGCGCCUCGGCAGCUGCCAUUUCAGGACGCCGUCUGGGCCCGAGCACGUCCCCCGACGCGGGGCACAUGGAAGGCUCCUCACAGCCAGGGCCAAGCUGAGCAGGUCAGCACCGGCAUGUGACCGCUGGCUGCAGGGGUCUGGCUUGGAAGGGCCCGAGACUGCAGGUCCCAGGAGGGUCUUCCUGCAGAAGCACUCUUGCCUUCUGGGUCAGGAGGCCGAGCGGCAGCAGCCUCCUGCAGCCCUAGAGCUCAGUUCUCAGUCAAGCCCCCAGGGUGCACGAGGAGCCAUCCUAUGAGGGACCAUUCAAAGGGGACAGGGGGCAGGUCCUGGAACUUGGUGACCCAAGGCCCAUUGCCCUGACAUCAACAAGGCCCAAGGCCCUGGGCCCGGUCCGGUCCCCCAUGGUGUCGGGAAGCAAGCAGGCUGGUACUGUGGCUUGGUGGAAACCUGUUCUCACCUUCCGCUCUGCCUGCACCCCCAGAGAAGGCCCCACUCCGUGCCACCCAGACCCAGGUAGGUCUCGCAGUGCAGAGGGAGGUCACAGAGCAGGUGUCGGGGCCCCGACUCUGACCGGGGUAGGGGGGCGGCCUGGAAGACAGCACAGUGCACUCACCCCUUUACCUUGCUGCCAUCCACAGCCCUGAUGGCCCGGACUGACUGACCCAGGCAAGACAGACAGGCAGGGCAGGGUCACGCCUCUGGGGGCCGUCACCACCAACUUUGCUCUCCGUCCUCGGGAGGCCGAAUUGUAAAUAACGCCAGCCUCGGCCCGCUGCUGUCUGUCCUCGCCCUGGCUGUUCUGGUCUCUCUGCCCACUUUGCAUAGAGCGAGCCCAGGUUCUGCUUCGCACGCAGCUGCCGCUCUCUCCUGCUCGCCCCACCGGCCCGGCCGCCUUGCAUCCCACCCGGUCGCCACCAAGGAGCCGACGCCUCCGAGACCAGCCUCCCUUUGAGCCUUCUCCGAGGCAGAGUUGCCAGGCAGGAGCUAAAACCGACGAGAAUAAAGGUGUCGUGAAAACAUGUGCCUGAUCCAUAAAGAGAUUCUGACCCAAACCGUAUAUAUUGUACAAAUGGACACUGUUCCUAAUGGGAGGGGUGACUUAUUUUCAUCAUCGUUUUUAAUUUGUUUUCUUACGGGUUUACGAUUUUGAAUUUUUCCUAUUUGUUUGAAAGAAAGAAUUUUGAUUAUAUCAAGCUGAGUGAGUUCAGCCUGUAAAAAGGAUGUUAAGUUGUGGGUAAAAUAUGCAAAUGAAGAGAAAUAUAUUGUACAAAUUCUAUACAAAAAA